AGAGACAGAGAGCGAGAGAGAGAAGAUAGAGAUACAGAGAGAGACAGAGAGCGAGAGAGAGAAAGAGAUAGAGAGAAAGAUGAACCGGACAUAGAUUACGGUGUGUUUGUGUGAUUUGCCUUGUUUGAUCAUCUGACCAAAUAUGGCGGAUAGUGAUGAGGAAGGCAGUACUCCGUCUACUCCGGAGAGAAUGAUGAGCGACCAUAGUGGCCCAAGGGUGGUCACCAUCACAAAAACAGAAACAGGCUUUGGAUUUAAUGUCCGGGGCCAGGUCAGCGAAGGUGGGGUCCUCAAAUCGAUUAAUGGAGUAUUGUAUGCACCUCUCCAACAUGUUAGUGCCGUGUUAGAAGGCGGUGCUGCACACAGAGCAGGCAUACGGAAGGGAGACCGAAUUUUAGAAGUAAAUGGUGUUAAUGUUGAAGGUGCUACACAUCGACAGGUUGUGGACCUAAUCAAGUCAGGUAGAGAUAACCUUACUCUGACAGUGAUAUCUGUACCUGAGCGUGUGGCUGAGAGAUUGGAACCAAGUGAUGAUUCUUCAGGACCAUCUCUCAUUGAUUAUUCAGAACGGCGUUCACUUCCUAUUUCCAUACCAGAUUAUCAGUCUGUAGAAAAUAAUGGUGAAAAAUAUGUGGUAUUUAACAUUUAUAUGGCUGGGCGUCAUUUGUGUUCACGGAGGUAUCGAGAGUUUGAUUGCUUACACAGUCAGUUGAAAAGAGAAUUUACAGAUUUCAAUUUCCCCAAACUUCCUGGUAAAAAACUUUUCACAUUGUCUGAUCAACAACUUGAUGCCCGGCGGAGAGGUUUGGAGCAGUAUCUAGAAAAAGUUUGUGCAGUACGAGUCAUUGGAGAAAGUGAAACAGUUCAAGAAUUCUUGGCAGCCAGCGAUUCCCAUAUGGAAAAUGGUGGUUGCAAUGAAGUUGAGUUGAAAGUUUCCUUACCUGAUCAUUCACUUUGUGUUGUCACAAUACGAAGGACAGAUAACACAGAAAAGGUUUAUCAGGCUGUAUGCAACAAAUUACAGAUUGAUAAUACAUCAUCCAAGUUUUUUUAUCUUUUUGAAACGGUGGACUAUAAUUUUGAACGAAAGUUGCAACCACAAGAAUUUCCACACAAUAUUUAUAUCCAGAAUUACAGUACAGCCACAGCAACCUGCAUAGCACUGAGAAAAUGGGUAUUCUCCUUAGCACUUGAGAUGCAGCUUAGUUAUAGUGAAUAUGUGAGCAACUUGCUCUACUGGCAGGCAAUAGAUGAUGUCAGUAGGAGUUUGAUAAAAGCUGGUGACCGGUUGUAUGAGUUAAAAGCUUUGCAAGAAGCUGCCAAGGUUAACGAGUAUUUGAAGAUGGCUCGAAGACUUGACUCUUACGGUGAAAUUGUGUUCCCCCAUUGUGCCUGUGAUUCUCGUAAGGAAGGUCAUGUGAUGGCCAGCAUUGGAAUCCGUGCCUUUCGAUUACAAGCAUGCAAAGAAGAUGGUUCCAUUGAACCUCAAGUUGUAGAAAUAAAAUGGUCUGAUAUAAAAAACUAUGACAUAGAUGAUGAAACCAUGUCGUUUAUAUUUGAAUAUUUCCGGCCAAGCAGGAAGUCUAGACUAGUUCGAAUUUAUUCAACUUAUUUUGUAUAUAUGUAUGAUAGCUUUGAAAGGAUAUUUGAAGAACUUGAUUGGCAGAAAGAGCCCUUUAAAUGUGGCUUGGAAAUGAACCAGACUUCUGCUGAAAGUGAAGAUAGUGACAGAGUUAUUGAUGGACAUUGAGUUGUUUUUGUUGAACUAGAUUCGAAUGUCAGCUGAUGAGGAAGAAAAAAAGUAGAAGUGACCACCACCAAUGCCACCACAAAAUAUACAUGUGUGUAUGUAUGUGUGUGUAUAUACAUGUGUGUGUAUAUACAUGAGUGUGUGCGUGUGUGUAUGUAUAAGUUGACAUGUCAGCUGACCAACGCAGCCCGUUGCCUACAGUAAGCUGUCAUAUAUUUUCAAUGUCAAUGUGCCACCAUUUUUCCAACUUGUUGCUUGCUGGCAUUGCUCAACUUCAACAGGGUUGUUGUUUAUUACAUCUGUACUUUUGGCUUUUUUUUAAUCUUUUAUUUCCCUUUGUUUUUUUUUUAUAUUUUUUAUUUUCUUUCCAAUUUUUAACAUUAUUUCAAAUAUAUUUUGUUGGAACUAUUCAUCAAGAUUCCUUUAUUUCUUUCUAUCCAUAUAAUAAAGCAGCCCUUUAUGUUCUUUCUUCUCAUCUCUCUCUCUCUCUCAAUAAAUAAAUAUAUAUAUAUAUAUAUAUAUAUAUACAUACACACAGUUUUGUUUCUGUUCCCCAUACCACUCCAUCCUCAGACACCUUCCUUCUGCUUUAUUCUUCCUCAUUCAGGUUUUCACUUUGUUGUUCUUCCUCUCUCCAUCUCCUUUUCUUCUUCUCUUCCUUGCCUGUCUCCCCCAUUCCUCCUCCACUCACAUCUAAUACAACGUUUUUUUUUUUGUCUAGUCUCUUCUAUUCAGCCAGGUCAGGUCAGGUCAGGUCUGAUGGAACUCAGAAUAUAUGGUUGGACUAACAAGUAGAUAAAAUUGUUCAUUCCAGCCAACUGCACCAAUUUUGUUUUUCUUCCAUGCCUGACUGUUCGCAUGUGUGAGCGUUUUGUAUAUGUGUAUACAUUUGUGUAUAUGAAGAGGAAUCAAAAUUUCUGAUUAAUACAGUCAUGUAGAUACUCUUCUGUGUUAUGUAACACAUAAUUAUAUUAUUGUAUUGUCAUAUUGCAUGGAUGUUUACCAUGCUACAUAUUGAUAGAUUGUAAUAUACACAUAUGUUAUAUACACACAUAUAUAUACGUAUGUAUGUAUGUAUUAUUGGUUAUGUCGUUUUUGUUGAUUUUGUUGUAAUCGAUAAUAAUAAUGAUAAUGAAUUACAAAUCAUCUCAGUUGUUAAACUUGUUUAUUCUGUUUCCUUCUACUCUUCCUUCCUCUUCUGAUGCCAUCCCAGCCCUGUGAGGUAUUACCGUUAUGUAAAUUUGACUUGCAGACAGAAAGCAAAGAAAAAA